CUCCAGAUGGCUGCACCUACUGACUGACCUGAAGUCAGUCCUGUUCUUAAGACAGUUAGUAAGGCUUUGUUGUUGCUCCUAUGAAGAGGUAACAGUUUUCAAGCAUGAUCGGCACGGAUACAUCCGACAGGGUGGCAGUGAAAAGCAAGAUAGAUGCAGAGUUCCGGCGGUUUUCUAUUCUGCGGAACUCGAACACAUCAUAUGAAGAUUUCACGUGUUUAACGGAACAAGUCCACAAACUAGACGAAACGCCUUUCCUAAUCUUUUACAUAGACCCAUGCGAUGGAGAUUUGUUGCCGAUAAACAACGACGAAAACUUCCUCAAAGCCUUGCAAAACGCUAAGCAUCUUUUGAGGAUAAUAAUACAGAGGAAAGGAGAAACUCUGGACACUCGCGGCAAAGAGAGGAGCAUCAUCUCUACACUGCUGAGGACGAAGAGAGUACCUAAGAUAUCGGGGCCGAAGGACUUCAGGGAAGUGUCCUCGAUCAUCGACAUUGACCUAGUGCCCAAGUCCUGCAGGAGGAUCCGCUUGAAGAGGCACAGCGACGAGCACCCUCUGGGGUUCUACAUCCGCGACGGGGUCUCCUACAGGAUCACCUCCCAGGGCGUAGAGAGUGCCUGCGGGGUCUUCAUCUCCCGGCUGGUCCCCGGAGGACUCGCGAAGGCCUGCGGGCUGCUGGGCGUCGGGGACGAGGUCCUGGAAGUGAACGGCAUCGAGGUGGACGGCAAGACCUUGGACCAGGUCACUGACAUGAUGGUCGCUAACGCCUCCAACCUCAUCAUCACCGUCAAACCGGCGCGAGAGGGCGCUCUCAGGGAAAGCUAGUGUUGGCUGAGAACUCAAAGCAAGCAGGGUCGAGCUAUAAUAACUUUAUAAUUGUAUCAUUAUUGUGUAAAUACAAUGUCAAGUAUGUCAUUUCAGUUUUUCAGGUUGAAACAAAAUUGGUAUAUUAUAGACAUAAAAUUUGGUAUAGCCUGCCCUCCCUUUCUAACAACCGCAAGAUGGCAGGUUCAUUGAACGUCUGAGGUUUGUAGUCAAAUAACUGAUUUAAGAAGUUUUUUUAGGUAUUGUUCGUUUUGGAUUUGCGUUUGAUUCAGAAAAUUGUGCAGAAACCGUAAUUUGUGAUGGUCGCUUGGAGCUAAGCUUAGUGAAUAGAGGAGGUAAAUCCGAAUUUAGUGAUCCAAUUUUAUCAAGUGUGAGGAACGUAGUGUUUGUUCAUUUGUUACUCCUGGUGGCAAUAGUUAAAUAAUACUCUUUAAAUGCGUCAUUGAUGCAAAUUAAAAAUUUCCAUAACGAUAAUUGGCCAACUAAUUUUGACAGAUCCAUUUGGUUAAGGCAUCAUCCUCUGAUAAACACGGCAAAUUUUGUUAAAAUCUGCUGAAACACGCUUACAUUAAAAAAAAAAAAAGAAUAAUACAGCAAAAUACGCCCAUGAUGAUUUUUUUUCUUAUUCACGGUCCAAUAUCAAACACCGUACUAAUCUAAUUCUAAUCUGAUUUUAUUAAAAUGCUGAUGGAUUAGCGAAGUUUUGCUGGAUCAGUAUUCAUAUUAUUAUAAUAAUAAUAGGCUUAAUGAAUCCGCCUAUGAGGUUCGAUGUCUUCGCCACAAAUCGCUGCUACACACCUCCCUCAGUCCAAAUCUAACAACAGUCUUAACGCAAUCUCCCUAGAUUCAUUUGCACUAUAGAGAAAUGAUACAAUUUGAAAUGGUAUAGUAAUAUUAUAUCAAGUAAUUUAUUUUUUCAAGGCAAAAAAAAAAAAAAAAAUGAAAAUCAAACUAACGCAGUUCAGACAACAUACAAAUCUCACAAUAUCACCGAAAAAAGGACAGUUGUUCACUCCAAAGGACAGUUGUUCACUCCAAAGGACAGUUAUUCACUCCAAAGGAUAGUUGUUCACUCCAAAGGAUAGUUGUUCACUCCAAAGGAUAGUUGUUCACUCCAAAGGAUAGUUGUUCACUCCAAAGGACAGUUGUUCACUCCAAAGGACAGUUGUUCACUCCAAAGGAUAGUUGUUCACUCCAAAGGAUAGUUGUUCACUUCAAGAAAAUUAACCAUGUAAUUACUGCGCUAGGGGCGAUACCUACUGUCUCUGGACUGAACUGCAUGUACAGGAUUUUAUAUUUUUCCGUGGUGAAGGUGUCUGAAUUUGUCAAACAUGAAAUCUCUAGUUAUUUAUUGCCGUUUGAGGGCUUUCAGACCUCGUGUUGGAAUCUCCUAAAAACUUAUAAAAAUUUUUAUCAAAUUUUUUAUUUUGUUUUUGCUCUAACGAAUUUAUAUUAUUUUUUGUUUAAUGAACUAUCCAAUAUGGCCUAUAUCAUUUCAUAUUCCAUCUCCUAUUAUUAUUCAAUAAUACUGUAUAUACUACAUAUUAUUACUUAAUGUAUUAUUUAUGACAUGUUAUUUUUUUAACUUGUUUCUAGAAUCAUGUCAAAUAGCGACUAAAUGUUCGUUAAGUUUAUGUUGAUGUUAUGUAUCAUUUAAAUUAUUUAUUGUUUUACUUUUUUAUACCAAACGUUUUGUAUAUUAUUUAUUUGAUUAAUACUGCACCUCGAUUUAAUGUACAAAAUAUUUAUUUGGUCUACCACUUUUUAUAAUUAAUAUUAUAUUUUCAUGUUUGUAAUACGACUAAAUUAUUAAUGUUUUUAAAAUGUGUAUAUUACAUAAAAAUUAUUAUUAGUUUUUUAUUAUCUUGUAAAUAACAAUGCAAUAUAAAAACAAUGUUAAUUAAGAUGUAUCUGUAUUCAGUUGUUAAUUUCCAUUACAUGACUCAAAAUUCAUUAAAAGAGCAGUCUGGCCUACAGAAAAGGAGUAUAAGAAAAACUGUUAUUAACUAAAGGAAAAAAAAAAAAUUUUGGUAAAAGGAAAAUGUGAAAUCAACUUACAAGUUGAAUUGUAUAUAUUAAUGUAUAUAUUGAAUGUAUAUGUUGAGUUAAAUAUAUUGUAAUAGUUGAUUAAACAAUUA